CCGGUGGCAUCUGUGGAAUUCCGCGCGGCGAUGGCGGCGGGCGGCAGUGAUCCGCGGGCUGGCGACGUAGAAGAGGACGCUUCACAACUCAUCUUCCCCAAAGAGUUUGAAACAGCUGAGACACUUCUAAAUUCAGAAGUUCAUAUGCUUCUGGAACAUCGGAAGCAACAGAACGAGAGUGCAGAGGAUGAGCAGGAGCUCUCUGGGGUCUUCAUGAAAACUUUGAACUACACAGCUCGUUUCAGUCGUUUUAAAAACAGAGAGACCAUUGCCAGUGUUCGUAGUUUGCUGCUCCAGAAAAAGCUGCAUAAGUUUGAGUUGGCCUGUUUAGCCAACCUUUGCCCAGAGACUGCUGAGGAGUCCAAGGCUCUUAUCCCAAGCCUAGAGGGGCGAUUUGAAGAUGAGGAGCUGCAGCAGAUUCUUGAUGACAUACAGACAAAGCGUAGUUUUCAGUAUUAAUCUCCGAACAUCGCUGAGCUGCCUGGGGAGGACCACUGUGUUCUGGGUGGAUCUGCCUUGCUCAGAGGCAAGCUGGACUUCCUUGGAGGGGACAGUGCGUCUUGUGUUGGAUUAGUGCGCUGUUGAGGCGUGCCUGGAGUCCAUGAUCCUGUGCCUUGAGUGGCGCGGCAGUGUCUGCCGGCUGCCACUUAAGCUUCCUGCGGAGAAGGUUGCGGGGUGAUGAUGUGCAGACCAUGCUAUCAGCUACCUCAUACUGUGGUUUUUGGACCCCACAUUAUUUUUUUAUUCCUAACAUUUCAUGUUUUAAUAUUAAUGUGUUUGUAGUGUUUGAAAGUAAACAAGAACAUAGGAAACUUGUACGGGGAAAAAUAGUCUUACCUAGAUGCAAAAGAAAGAAUUAAAUCAGACCAACUUUGUAUGGAUUCUUGAAGGACAAGAGUGUUGAUGAUGGGAAUACCUGAAGCCAUUGUGCCUAAGGUAAGAUGGCGAGAAUAAAGAUGCUAGCGAGAUGCCUGUGCCCUAUCCUGGGGUCAUUA